AUGCAAUGGAAUACUCUUACUCAAGGCAACAAAUCAGUAGCACAGUACAUUCAAGAGUGGGAAAGGUUAUCUGUACUUUGUGAUAUCAGGGAAUCUGAGGAUAUGAGGGUAGGUAAGUUCUUAGGAGGGCUGAGGGAAGACCUUAGGUUGAAGCUCACCACUGUACCUCACCUGACUGUAGCCUUAGCUGGGGAACAAGCCCUGCUACUAGAGCAAUACUCUAAGAAAAGAGUAACACAAACCACUGGACAGUCCAUGACUAGGAGCAUCCAACCCAUGAAUGCGAGGAAUGUGAGCAAUACUGGUUCAUCUUGUAAAACCAACACUAGUGAACCCAAGGGAAAGAGUGUGACCCCAAUUAAAGAUGUUGUCUGCUUUAAGUGUCAUGGUCAUGGACACUUCAAAGUUAAUUUCCCUAACAAUAGAGCCUUCACCGUAGUUGAAUGGGAAGAAAUCAGAAGCAGAGAUAGGCCUAAGACCAUCUUAGUUAGUGUCAAUGGCAGGGAGGAAGAGAGGGGCACCAUCACUAGUGAGGAUGACCCAGAUGGCACAUAUAUACAAAGGGAAUUAGGGGUAGUCAUACCGUAUGUAUCUGAUUCUGAGUCUGACAGGGAGCCUUUAUACUCUGAAGAAGAGAGACAUAGAACCUUGGUGAUUAGGAGGAGUUUUCACACCACCCAUAAGGGAAGGAAAUUUGAUCAGAGGGAAAAUAUUUUCCAAACUAAGUGUAGAGUUGGUGAUAAACUUUGUGACUUAAUCAUAGAUGGGGGUAGUGAAACCAAUUGUGUUAGUCAAGAUUUGGACCAAAUUCUCUGUGAUGUUUUGGACAUGAGUGCCUGCCACAUCUUACUGGGUAGAUCAUGGCAGUAUGACAGGAGGGUGAAACAUGAUGGCUGCACAAACAUCUAUACUUUGAGCUAUACCUCCUCCAAAAACCAAGCAACCUGGGACCUUAUAAGUAGGAAGAGAUGUGUAAGAGAGUUGAGACAAGCAGGAUGUUGUUGGAUCCUAUUCACUAAGGAAGUUGAGCUAGGAGAGACUGAGUUGCCCAAGGAAACUAAACCUAUUAUUGAGGAGUUCUUAGAUGUCUUUCCUGAUGAGUUACCUUUAGGCUUACCACCUAUUAGAGGUAUGGAGCACCAGAUUGACUUAAUACCAGGAGCUGUGUUUCCCAAUAAGCCAGAAUAUAGGACCAAUUCUAAGGAAGCUGAAGAGCUGCAGAGACAAGUGAAGGAGCUUUUAGAUAAGGGGUUUGUGAGGGAGAGCCUCAGCCCUUGUGCUGUGCCUACCUUGUUAGUUCCUAAGAAGGAUGAGACUUGGAGGAUGUGUGUUGACAGUAGGAGUAUAAAUAACAUCACUGUCAAGUAUAGGUUCCCAAUCCCUAGGAUAGAUGACAUCAUGGAUGAGCUAUCAGGUGCACAGUGGUUUAGCAAGUUGGACUUAAGGAGUGGAUAUCACCAGAUCAGAAUGAGAGCUGGGGAUGAAAGGAAAACUGCUUUUAAGACCAAUUAUGGACUAUAUGAGUGGAUGGUUAUGCCAUUUGGACUCACUGGGGCACCUAGCACAUUUAUGAGGCUGAUGACUGAGGUUCUUAGGCCCUUCUUAGGAAAAUUUGUGGUAGUUUAUUUGGAUGAUAUACUAGUCUAUAGCAUAGGAUUGCAAGAAUACCUAGGUCACCUUAGAAGUGAACUUCCUAGGGUUCAUAGUAGGAAAGGAGGGUAUUAG